AUGGCACCACAAGAAUGCCUCUGGCAGCGAGCGGUGCUGCAAUGCCUGCCAAGUCGCCGCUCGCAUGAUCUCUGCACGAUAACUCCCUUAAGUUUACACACAACGGCGGCUCAGCCAGAAUUUUCCUGCAUCGGCACCGCCAGGCUCAAGAAAAAGCGGGUCAAUGCCAUUGCUGCCGACGGACCCGGUGCCAACACAGCUAAUACCGGUCACGCCUUUCAAUCCCCCUCCGACCCUCACAACCGAAUCACCAAGACUCCGCCCGAGUGUGCUGCUUGUGUGCUCCCGUCCUCCGAGCGUAUGGACCAGCGCAACUACGGCAUCCCCGCCGGCCGCGGGGUUCUGCCCGGCGGCCUGCCCCAGCAACAGCAGCAGCAGCAGCGCGCGCCGCAGCCGGGCAUGCAGCAGCACUACGGCAUGCAGGACAUGAUGUUCGACCCGCUGUCCAUGAGCAACGGCAUGUACCACCAGGCGCCGCCCCUCGGCGGCCAGAUGAUGCACCAGCAGCACCCAGGCCCGCGUGCGGGAGGUAUGCAGGCCCUCGGAGGCCUCAUGCCGCAGCAGGGGAUGGUCGCGCCGGAAGACGACCUGGACGACCUCAUGAGCGCGCUGGGGGACCCCGUGGGCAUGAACGCGCAGCAGCAGCAGAGCAUGGGCCACAUGCCCAGCCACGUCUACAACCAGUCGCACCUCGUGCCGCCGCGCUCGCAGGCGCCCACCCUCCAGGCGGGACGCACGCAGGGCCUGCCGCUCCCCAGUCAGGCUCCCCCGAUGCAACAGGGGAUGCCUGGCUCCAUGCACAUGAACCAAAUGGCCCCUAAUGCUGGUGCCCGCAUGGGCGGCGUUGGCCUCCAACAACAGGGAAUGGGAGCUCCGCCUGCGACGUCGAGUAUCGGCGGCCUCGGUGGCCUCGCGGCCAGCAUCCCAGCCCCCACUGCCCCUCGUCAGGCUGCUGUAGCACCAAGCGCGAUCGUUCCCACCUCAACCAAGUCCUCGACCAGCUCGCGCGCACUGGCCACAUCCAGUAACAACGGCGGAAGCAGUGACGAAGACGCAGGUAUGGGUGAAGACGACGCCCAGAAGAAGAAGGAGCGCCGCCGCCAGCAGGUCCGCUACGCGUCGCGUCGUCGCCGCAAAAAACAGAAGGACGAGGAGAGCUUCCUGCGCGACCGCAUCGCGGAGCUGAAGGAGCAGAUCCGCAUCAUCGGCGGCGACCUGACGGAGCAGUGCUCGCAGAUGGCGGGCAUGAGCGAGCAGGCGCUGACGGAGGCGUACGAGAAGCAGAUGCAGACGGUGCAGACGCUGCGCAAGGACAACAACAAGCUGAAGGAGCAGCUGCUGCAGCACGAGAACUUCGCGCGCAUGAUCCAGUACGGUCUGAACGCGCUGCCGAGCGACUGCCGCGACGUGGACCGCAAGAAGAUCGCGGGUGUCCCGAUGUGGAUCAGCGACCAGAUGAACCCUCUGAAGGGUCCGACGCUGGUGGUGGACCUGAACCUGUGCCACGAGGCUGUGCGUCACGCGUACAAUGAGCUGAAGACGUUCGGUCCGACGGUGAACUCGAAGACGAACGUGUGCUAUGCUAUGGGCUGGAAGACGGAGCUGUGGGCUGCGAGCACGUGCCUCAACUUCCGCGCUGUUCGAUCCAUCUCUGAUAAGAACAUCCGUGAGGUUGCCGACGCUUCCUGGGAGAUUAUUACCUCUCCAGACAAGUUCAAGCGCAUUUACCCGGACGUGAAGCAGUUCCGUAUCCUGCAGAAGGUGACGGACGAUAUUGUGGUGGUGCACCGUAUUGCGUCCGUAGCUUCGGAUAUGUCGGAUCGCGAGUUCAUUUCUGUGGCCUUCCGAUUCCGUGAUGGAGACAACUACUUCAUUGGUAUUAAAUCUAUCACCGUGCAGACUGAGGCUGCUGAGAACUGUAUUCGUGGCGAGGAGUGCCAGGGCUGGAUGUUUGUCGGCGGAGAGAACGAGACGUCGCAGUGGAAGGCGCACUUCCUGGGCUACUACGACGUCAAGGGCGAGAAGGACGACAAGGUGCUGAACCAGCUCGCGAACGAGGCGAUGUUCGGAAUGCUGAGAUGGGAGAGCGAGGCCAUGCACCCGCUGAGCGUUUAA